UUGUGAGUGAUCGAUUUUACACCGGCCUCUACAAAACUUCUCAACGGCAUUUCUCUUUGUUUGCCGUACGCGUGUCUAAUAUCCAAACAAAAGUAUCGAGUUUGAAGAGCAUCCUAAAAAUGGCGAACAUGUUUCGCGGUGUGAUGGUUUCCGCCGUCAACAAUGACGGUGCUCUAACUCCGCGCUUCAACUUUCCUACAAACGUAAACGUGGAUUACGACCCGCAAGGUCUAAGUGUAAAAGUGAUACGUGCUGAUCCUGUGCUGGCUCAGGAGGUGCUAGAGUUCCCCGUCCACAGCCAGAGCGAGUGUUCGCGAGUUGCCGGCCAAUCGUAUAUUUUUACGAUAGAUAAUGAGACAUUGUUUUUUAAGUUCGCCUCUGAUGUUGACUGUCAGAACUUCCAUUUGCUUGUUAGUAAAAUCAAAGCUGGUCGAUCGUCAUCUGUGUUUACGGUGCGAACGGAGGACUCGUCGGCGAUGCAAUAUUUCCAGUUUUACGGUUACUUGAGCCAGCAGCAGAACAUGAUGCAAGACUAUGUGAGAACGAGCACGUAUCAGCGAGCCAUAUUAUCAAAUAUUAACGAUUUCAAGAAUAAGGUAAUUCUAGAUGUCGGAGCUGGAUCGGGGAUCUUAUCCUUCUUCGCGGCGCAGGCAGGCGCUCGUAAGGUUUAUGCAGUUGAAGCUAGCAACAUGGCGCAUCACGCGCAAGCCCUGGUCCGAGCUAACGGCUUGCAUGAUCGCAUCACAGUCGUCGCGGGAAAAAUAGAAGAAAUAGAACUGCCGGAGAGUGUAGAUGUUAUUAUAUCCGAACCUAUGGGCUACAUGCUGUAUAAUGAGCGUAUGUUAGAAACUUACUUACAUGCUAAAAAAUGGCUAAAGCCAAAUGGUAAUAUGUAUCCUACGCGUGGUGAUUUGCAUAUAGCACCUUUUACAGAUGAUGCUUUGUUCAUGGAACAAUAUAAUAAGGCAAACUUCUGGUAUCAAGCUUGUUUCCAUGGAGUUGAUCUUAGUGCAUUACGCACAGCAGCAAUGAAGGAAUACUUCAGACAACCCAUAGUGGAUACAUUUGAUGUGCGUAUAUGUAUGUCUAGAUCAGUGAGACAUGUUGUAGAUUUUUUAAAUGCCAAUGAAACUGACUUACAUCGCAUCGAAGUGCCAUUCAGAUUUGAAUUAACGCAAUCUGGAACUUGCCAUGGUCUAGCAUUCUGGUUCGACGUGCUAUUUGCAGGCACCACUCAACAUAUAUGGUUAUCUACAGCACCAACAGAGCCACUUACCCAUUGGUAUCAAGUGAGAUGCCUUCUUGAGACACCAAUUUUCGCAAAACAAGGCCAAGUUCUCACAGGACGUGUGCUUUUAUUAGCUAAUAAGAGACAAAGUUAUGAUGUUACUAUGGACAUAAAUUUGGAGGGAACAAACAUUUCCUCUUCAAACACAUUAGACUUAAAGAAUCCCUACUUCAGAUAUACAGGUGCCCCAGCUGCUCCGCCACCAGGAGUUAACACAACAUCUCCAAGUGAAUCGUAUUGGAACUCUAUUGAGUCAGCUGGAUCUUUAAGCAAUGGUCAGGGAGUUAUCUUAACUGAUGGUACACAGCAGUACUGUUCGACACCUGACCAGACCAUAGCAUAUGGAGCCCACCCCAACAUGAUUAAAACAGUGAUGCUUCAAGAAGAAUUCAUAAAGAGAAUCGGGAUUAGUCAAAACGGCGAUAUAUAAUCCGCAAAGUCGCGCCGAGCGCGCCUUAGGGCUAUAAGGAACCGUCGCAAUCGGUUGUGAACAAUCUUCCGUUCAAACUUUAUAGUGUGUAAGCGGACUUAUUUAUUAAUACAUCACAGUGGACUACUGUAAAAUCGUGUAAUUCAUACAACAUUGACAAGGCAACUUGCCUUAAAAAUCAGUUAGGUGUAUGCUAAGUAUAAAUGAUGCAUUCAAAACUUGUAUGUGUAGUUACUGAAUUGCAUUUUCGAUAAUGUAAGAAGCAGUCAAACUUUAUUAUACCUUGUGGUGUAAUUUUUCUUCUCAGUUUGUAUGACGCUUACUAGUGUAAUUUGGAUACAACUCCUAAUAUAAUUUUUUUUUGUAAAUAUGUCCUACACCUAGUUUGACAUGGCGAAAAUUGGCCAAAUACAUUACGACUGCUCGAGCUACAGCAGCUCCAUGGUUAGUUUAAGUAAUUUAGAUGUUCAAGUACACUUAGAAUAAGCAAUAAAUGCUAAUGAUGAUGCUUAAUGAUAUAAAUACUCAUUAAUCAUUAUUGCAAUUGUAUUGAACUCAAUCGUAUGUGAAUAUAUCAGUGACUUUUUGUAUGUGACAAUCAGGAUUGUGUUUUUAUAAAA